GAAUUUCUAAAACGACGCACAGCAGCCGAACCACAUUCUACUCUAUUCACUCUCUUGUUUCGCUCGGCCGCUGCUGCUCAUUCUUCCAUAUUCAGCUUGCAUUCUAAAGGGGCAAAAACCUCGAACAGCAUUUAGAGAAAGAAAAAUGAAUCUCCUCCGAAACGCAAUCAAAUCGCACGUUUCGGUUCGAACGAUCAGGCCAAUCCACGCCUUACCUUCGUUCCUUCGCGAAUCGCCUAAACGUUUCUCAACCGAAACGGAUCAACCACAACCACCACAACCCGACGCCUCUGUCGAUCAAUUUCUCGAAGCGGCAAACAGAGGAUUUGUUUAUGCGAGACUCUCUGGAACAUCAAAGUAUACAAUGAAGAGCGAUAUAAUCAGCUUGUUUGAAGGGUGUAAUCUAACGGCUGAUGAUAUUAAAGUCAGCUACAGUCGCAGCCUUCUUCCUGUUGCAGUGAUGUUGCGGUUUUCAUCACCUGGUGUAUUUAGUAAUGCAACAAGGACGAUUAGAAGGUUUGAUCGGCUGUACAGGUUGGAAAGGGUUAAUGCUUCUGAUUGGGAUAUAGUUAGACCAUAUAAUGGGAAAACUGUGGUACUACAAGGACUCCCUCGAAGUGUGAAUUUAGAGGAUAUAGAGCGUUUCCUCUCUGGUUGUGAUUAUGAUUCAUCCUCAAUACAGACGGCUACAUUUACAAGGCCAGGAUCCACCAACCUUGUCAGAUUGACAACUGUGCAAUUCCCUUCACAAAUCCAAGCAAUGAAUGCAUGCAUCAGCAAAAACAGAAACCUCUGUCUCAAUAAUCAAAUCUCAAUGCGAGUUCUGCACUAAAAGUUCAGUCUGUUUGAGGUAUUGCUUUAAGAUUGACUAUAAUAUUAGACUUCAUUGCCCCAAUUGAAUUAUGUGAAAAUUUUGCCUGUUUGGUAAUCAUGAGACACGAUGGAGCUAUUUAUA